AUGGGAGACUGGCUAUCGAAUUCGAACGACGCGCUGUGCCUCAAACUUGUACGAGCUGCACGCGACGAAGUAGUAUUAACUGAGGAUGAGCGAGGUGUUAUUGAAGAGUUUCAUCCGACUUUUACAUACCCAAUUUUUGGAGACAAAGAAACCAUAUAUGGCUACGCAGACCUCAAGAUUAGUCUUUUCUUCACCUCUGGAUCGCUCUCUAUGUUCUUGAAUGUAGCUUCAGCGGCCAAACUUCCAUCCAAGACGGCGGAUGACAUUGAAGGUACACUGUACAAAUUCAUACCACCUGACUACAGCAAAUCAGCCGAAUCAUUCCAGAACACCGUUGAGAAGGAGGCGGCAACAUUCAAACCGUUGGGCGACAAGAUACACACCUACGUGAGACGGGCGGCUGGUCAUGGAAAGGGGAAGAGUAGAGAUACCAGCCCCAUUUCGGAAGACGAUCCCGAUGCAAUCGUAUUUGAAGUCUAUCAUUCUACUUGGGAUACCCCAGGUUUCCGCGAAUAUCACCGGCGUAUGCAGAUUUUUAUUCUGCUUUACAUUGAGGGAGGUAGCUACAUUCAAGAGGACGAGGAGAAAUGGGAAUUUGUAGCUUCGUAUGAACGCCGGCGCAGCCAUUCACCCAACGAUAGUCUCGAUGACCCACCAACAUACACGUACCACUUCGUUGGUUAUUCAUCGUUGUACCCGUUCUGGUGCUGGCCUGACAAGGUUCGAUUGAGACUGAGUCAAUUCGUGAUCCUCCCACCCUAUCAACACGCUGGCCAUGGCUCUGCUUUGUACAACGCAAUUUAUCAGUUUUCCCUUGGGCGGGACGAGGUUGUGGAACUUACUGUUGAGGAUCCAUCAGAGGCGUUCGAAGACUUGCGAGAUCGGAAUGACAUGAAAAGGCUACUUUCUCUGGAGCGCCAAUUUCAUAGGCUUAUCGAAAUGUUACUUUUACGAGAAUUGGACCCAUCAUCCAAACAAGCCCAAAAGGCAUUUAGGAUACAGGUCAAGGAACGUCUAUACCGGUUUAAUUAUGAAGUACUCGCUCAGUUGGAAAAGGAAGAAAGGCUGGAAAAGCUGGAAGAAACUUUCCAAAACGUUCGAACCGACUAUCAACGCAUUCUUGCCACAGUAAAGUGA